AUGCAGGAUUCCCACUCGCCCUCCAAGUAAGAGCAGGACAAUCCAGUAAGUGCUAAAUCUGACAGCAGGUCAGGCUCUCACAGCCCGUCACAUGCUUCCAGGCACUCUGAGUCCAGAUCCCGUUCAUGCUCCAGGUCCAGGUCGGUCCCGGUCACGUCGUCUCUGGCUCACGUUCUGGCUCACCGGAGAAAGUCCUGCUCGCGUUCUUACAGUCCAGACUACCGGCGCAGAAGAAGCCAGAACACAUCACCUAUGUCCAACCACCGGCGGCACACUGAGAGUGCUGGAGUACCAUACAAUUCUAAACAAACUAAAACUGUGGCUAAUCCUGAUCCUAGCACGUGUCUUGGCGUGUUUGGUUUGAGUCUGUACACCACUGAGAGGGAUUUAAGAGAAGUCUUUUCUCACUACGGUCCACUUUCUGGAGUCAACGUUGUGUACGACCAGCGCACAGGACGCUCAUGAGGAUUCGCUUUUGUCCACUUUGAACGCAUUGAUGAUGCCAAAGAGGCUAUGGAGCGAGCCAAUGGGAUGGAACUGGAUGGAAGGCGCAUCAGAGUGGACUACUCGAUCACCAAAAGGCCUCACACUCCCACGCCUGGAAUCUACAUGGGCCGUCCCACACAUAUCAAGUUACCUUCUGUUGGAUACCAGGGCUCUAUGGGAUUACAGGAAAUGAACAUGCAGAAUGCAGAACAUGCAGGUCCUGGUCCUUUCUGUGUGGAGUUUGCAUGUUCUCCCCGUGUCUGCGUGGGUUUCCUCUGGGUG